UGCAUGUAUAAAUUUUCUUAAACCAAAUUUUGGGAGAAAGAGAGAGAGAGAGAGAGAGAGAGAGAGAGAGAGAGAGAUUAUGUAGAAUAUAAGAAACCAAAAAUCGUACCUUUCACCACUCACGCACACCUGCAACAAAUACAAAGACCCCGCCACAACCUCUCGCUCAUUCACCAAUCUCUCAAACUCCCCUGCAACACCAACGCAUUCAAAUCCCAAAUCCAACAAAAAAAAAAAAAAACAUACAUUCCAUUUGAUUUCAGUUCCCCAGUUCGUAGUUUCACCAAAAACCAUGCUCAUUCUCCUACCCUUCCUUCUUCUUCAACUCCUCACCACCCUCUGUUUCUCUGCUCCAAAACCAGAAACUCUAAUCCUACCCCUCAAAACACAAACCCUCCCUCAAGGGUACCUCCCAAAAUCCACCAACAAGCUCUCCUUCCACCACAACGUCACCCUCACAAUCUCGCUUUUGGUCGGCUCGCCGCCGCAGCAAGUCACCAUGGUCCUUGACACCGGCAGCGAGCUCUCCUGGCUCCGCUGCAAAAAAGCUCCCAACUUCAACUUCGUUUUUAACCCACUUGCAUCCAAGUCCUACUCCCCAGUCCCCUGCUCCUCCCCCGUCUGCCGGACCAGGACCAGCGACUUCCCUAAUCCCGUUUCCUGCGACCCGAAAAAGCUCUGCCACGCCAUUCUCUCCUACGCAGACGGUUCCUCCAUCGAAGGCAACCUCGCAUUGGAAACUUUCAAUCUCGGGUCGUCAGCCCAACCCGGUACGAUAUUCGGGUGCAUGGAUUCCGGGUCCAGUUCGAACGCCGACGAGGACGCCAAGACAACCGGGUUAAUGGGCAUGAACCGCGGGUCAUUGUCCUUCGUAACACAGAUGGGAUUUCCGAAAUUUUCCUACUGCAUAUCGGAUCGCGACUCGACCGGUAUUUUGCUUUUCGGCGAAGCGAAAUUCGAUUGGCUCAAACCGUUAAAUUACACCCCUCUGGUUCAGAUAUCGACACCAUUACCGUACUUCGACCGGGUCGCGUACUCGGUCCAGCUGGAGGGGAUCCGGGUUGGAGGUAAGGUGUUACCGCUCCCGAAAUCGGUUUUCGUACCGGACCAUACCGGGGCAGGUCAAACAAUGGUCGACUCGGGGACCCAGUUCACUUUCCUACUCGGUCCGGUUUACACUGCGCUGAAAAACGAAUUCGCUCAGCAGACCAAACCGGUUCUGAAAACUUUGGACGACCCGAAUUUCGUGUUCCAAGGAGCGAUGGAUUUGUGUUUCCAAGUCCCCACGAACCGGCCAAGCCUGCCCGAGUUGCCGACAGUGACGCUGAUGUUUCGGGGGGCCGAGAUAAGCGUAUCGAGGGAGAGGCUGCUGUAUCGGGUGGCGGGAAUGGUGAGGGGCGGGAAUCAGGUGUAUUGCUUCACAUACGGGAACUCUGACUUGCUGGGCAUAGAGGCGUUUGUGAUUGGUCACUAUCAUCAGCAGAACCUGUGGAUGGAAUUUGAUCUGGAGAAAUCUAGGGUGGGAGUGGCUGAGGUUAGGUGUGAUCUUGCUGGUCAAAAGCUUGGCCUAGGUGCUUAAGUGGGACCCCGGCUGGGCCUGAGCUGGCAAAGUUUUGGUGACUUACAAAUCGAAUACGAUAACGUGAAGGUAUUUCAAACCAAUGACGUACAGGGACGUGAGCGGUGAAGGGCCGAACAAAGUGUUGGUAGUAAGAUAGGUGGCCCAUUUUGUUCAGAUAUUCUGUGGUCCUGGGGAUUUGCGUAAAUAUUAAAAACUCGGUGCUACUUUGAAUAGUUUAACUUUUCUGUUUUGGUAAUUUUGUAGUUUAUUUUAAUUUUUUAACAGUGAGAUUCUGUAGCUCUGUUGGGCAAUGAAUAUGUAUUUUAGUAAGGGCAGGCGGGGCUGUCACUGCGGGGCUGGAGGGGUACAAUGUUGCAGGGUUCGAUUGCCCAAGAUUCCAACUCCAAUGGUGGAUUUUGGAUUUUCUGUGGGACCCAAGAGGACGAUGAAGGGUGCCUGAUCUAUCAAGAUUCAUGGAGAUGGAGUUGCAAGAGUUGCACAUGUUAUAAAAUCAUACAUUAAUUUGCACUUGAAUUGUCUCCCUCCCCCAUGUUUUGCUCAAUUUACCCUACAUAUGUGAUAAAAAUUAAUAUGCAAUUUCUCUAGUCUCAAAAUUUCAUUGAAAUUGAUACACAAUGUACUAAAUCCCUUGUUAGUCAGAUAUGUUUUAAAAUUUAAUGAUCAAGUCAUGAAAAUCAA